AUGACAACUCGAUCGACUUCUAGGCUAAUUCGAUCAUGUGUCCUUUUUUUAGCGGUCAUUGUUGCGGUGGCGCCUCUCGAGGCUCGCGCGGAGCGGCCAACAGAUAGCGGAUACGCCUCGUUGCCGCUCGGCGUGCUCAUCCCAUUUUGCCUUCUGACGGUUGUGAUGUCGGCUUUUUACUGCGGCCUGACGCUCGGCCUGCUGGGGAUUAACACGACGACGUUGGAGAUCAUCGCGGAUGCGGGGCCGGAGCCGGAUCGGACGAACGCGCGGAAGAUUUUACCCGUCCGCCGGCUCGGGCAUCAGCUGCUCGUCACGCUGUUAGUGGGAAACAUGCUCGCGAUCGUGCUCACCUCGCAGCUCAUCGCGGCGAUUGUGAACUCCACAGAGCUCGUGAACUUCAUUGUGGGGACGUCGGUGAUUCUUGUCUUUGGCGAGAUCAUCCCGAUGAGCAUUUGUAAUAAGGGGAGUAAUGUUCUCGUCGUGGGGGGUAAAUCGGUGACCGCGCUUAAGGUCUCUCUUUUAGUGCUCUAUCCGAUCGCGAAGCCGUUGGGGAUGUUGUUAGAUUGUAUGGUGAAACAUGAGGCCGGACAGAUUUAUGAUCGAAACGAACUCAAGAAGCUUAUCAGCGUGCAUUGCGAUAAGUAUUCCGAGAAAAGCGGCAUCGACACGGAGCAGGUGCGCAUGAUGCUUCGGGUCCUGGAGAUGGAUGAGCGGACUGCCAAAUCCAUUAUGACCCCGCUGAAGGAUGCCUUCAUGCUGGAGGGCAACAUGCCGUUUGAUCACAAAUUGCUCAAAUGUUUAUGGGAUAUCGGUAAAUCGCGGUUGCCUAUAUACAUCGGGGAGCGAAGCAACAUUGUCGGGGUACUCUACGUCAAAGAUCUCCUUGACGUUUUCCUCCUCAACCAUAAAGUGCCGAUGACGGUCUACGAUUUCGUGAUAGAUCAGGGGCGUGAUAUGGUGGUGGUGGACGCCAACCUCCGGAUGCAAGAUAUUUUGGCGAUGUUUAAGAAUCGCGUCCCGCAUCUCCUACUUGUGAGUGGUACUAACACAGGCGGUGAUCAAACAACCCAUGACGUAUCCCAAAGAGUGCAGUUACCAAAAAACCUCAGCAUACCUGAAGCCAACAAUGAUGAGAACCUCACAGCUCAGCCAUCACAGGGCGUUUCACCCGGCGCGAAGGGCCCCCGGCCGGGCGAGAAAUCGACUGGCACCUUUAUUGGAAUCAUCACGUUAGAGGACGUCAUCGAGGAGUUGAUCGCGUCGGAGAUCUACGACGAGGAUGAGUACCAAGAAAUGCUCUCCGACUCCGAAUCCGACGCGCAUAGCAACACGCCCGCGUGCGUUCCAACCCAGGCGAAGGUGCCACCGAUUCACAAACUACACGUGAACUUCUACUCCUACGGGGUUCCCGACGCCAACGACACCACCGGCCUCCACACCUCCCUUAGUGAAGAACAGAAGUGGGUGUUGGCGGAUUACAUCACGCGGAUGCACGUCGCCUUCGCGACGUUGAGCGUUUCCAGGAUGCGGAGCUUGAUCGAUCGCGUUGGGGAUCGCGUGAUUCGAGUUUCCGCGGAUCCCUUGUCGCAGAAGCGUGAGGAUGGGGGUCGGGUUCUGCUCUACCACGCUGGGGUGCCGACGACCCUCUUUACCCUACUUCUUGGCGGUGCCGUGCGGCUUAUCGUGGAUGAAAAGCUAUCAACCGAGAUGUACUCCUUUUCCUCCUUCGCCGAGGAGGCUCUUCUAACGGAUGCGAGCUUCGUUCCAAGCUACACCGUCGUGGUCACGCAGAACAGCCGCGUGCUGCAGAUCUCAAAAGAGGACCUGCUCAUGGCGGAAACGACUCCCAACAGCGGGAGCAACAACCAAAAGGAGCACCCGUGGUCGGUGGAUAAAUCCAUGGUAUGA